AUGAAAAUUGUGAUUAGUGCCUGCAAGAAUCUGCCUAUUACCGACAGGGGCCCUUUGAUUCUUCUGAGCAAGAUCCCAGGUACCAGCGACCAAUCAGCCGAGGAGGAUGAGGAAGUGGCACAAGGAUCAGUUUACCCAGGCUCCUCUUACCUGGGCUCCGGCUCGGCUUACGGAAACCCAAACCCGGGCUCAGAUGAGGGACUAGGGCUGUACACACUGACACACUUGGACACCUGUGUAAUGAGCCGCUGUGGGACAAUGGGACAGGGCGGCAGGCAGCGGAGGGACUAA